GGCAACAAUCUGGCAACAGUGGCAACAUUGCGUUCUUGGUGGAUUCGUCAAGUCAACGCAAAGUGUAGCGUAAUUUUGGAAUUCUUGAAAUAAUCUUGUAAGAAAUAGCUAGAAAGUCUUUCAAGAUGAAGAAAGUAAUUUUUGUUUGCUUGUUGACCGUUUCCGUUUGCCUGAGUGAGCCGCCGAAGCCCGCGGAAGCUGCGGCCUCCACUCCUACAGUCCCCGCGGGCGCCUCUGCCGCCCCCGCUGCCCCCGCCGCCGCCGCCCCGGGCGCCGCCGCCGCGCCGGCGCACGAGGCCGCCCCGCCGGCCGCCGCGCCGACCACAGCACCGAGCACACCCACACCCGCUACCGUCCCAGCCAGCCCUCCCACCGCGACUAACGACUCCAAGAACGCUACGGUGACACCGACGCCCGUCGUUCCGACGAACACCACCAACGAUACUGACGAUAAGAAGAACAAGACUACCGCCAAGCCUGAUACGCCGGUGACGACGCCGACGAUCCCGACGACCCAGAAGGCCCCGACUACGACGGAGAAGGCCGCUGUCACCACGGAGAAGCCACACGCUUUGCAGGCUAGAGGUUUUGACGGCGCGAGCUUCGUCGGCGGCAUCAUCCUCACGCUAGGGCUCCUCGCCAUCGGCUUCAUGGGCUUCAAGUACUACAAGGCCCAAACUGAAAGAAACUAUCAUACUCUCUAAGCUUAAUGUCUAACUUCACUUCAAUUAUCUACGUAAGUGCACCUAACUUUAUUUUAUUUCACGUACACUUAGAAGUAUUUUCAUUUGUUUGACACUGAGUGAGUGCCCUAAGCACAUGUUCAGGAUACAGGGUGAUAAUUGAGUUAUCGAAUUCAUUGGUGGCUGGUCAUUAAGUGUUAGUGCUCUUUGUAUAGCAAGAUAGUCAAAAUUUGUGAAUCUGAUACGAGCCACUGAUUUUAUGUUUAAAUGUUAGGUUUAAGUGUAUUUGGCAUUUAUCUUGCUGGUCUUUUUUAUUUUGCGUUAUUAUUGAAGUAGCUUUCUUUUGUUUUUAACUUUGGUAAUUCUAUGUUAUAAUUUUUUUAAUUUUGAUUCAAUGUAUGUAUAAGGAUAAGGAUGCAAUCAACAUAUUUUGUAAAUUUUAUCUGAUGUUAAAAAUGUUAUAUUAGUCGAUGUUUAUAAGUAUCCACCUUUUCUAAACUAAAUGUGGUGCCAUGGCCUCUCAAACAACCAUAGCACUUUCUACGAUCUGCAUUUUCUUACUUUCUUGCAUUCAAACUUCAAACGAUUUUAGUUUUUAAUAGAGAUAUUAUUAUUGUUAAGUGUAAGUAUAAGGAAACGCAAUGUGAUGAUGAAAAUAAGGGUCUAAAAUAUUAGCUAUUUUGGUUUGGCACAUGAAAGAUGAAUCUCCUACGAAAUUAAUCAUUUUAUAAGCGUAAGACCCAGCGCAUGAACCAAUCGUAAGACUCCUAUAGUGAUUUUAGUAAAUGAUUUAGUUUAAAGUAUUACUUGAGUUAUUAACAACGCUCUGGGGAAAACAAUUCACUCGAAUAUUCUUGUAUUAAUCAAAGAAGUCUCAAGGAUGACGUGACGUCAACAUAUGCACAAAUACAAAGAUUCUUGUGUGUUGUUAUUUAUUACGCGCAUUUACUUAUCUGCAUUUGUAAGAAGAUAACGCAAACUCAAAUAACUAAUGAAUCUCUUCUUUAUAGUGUCAAACCAAUUCUGUAUAUUUUGAUUUUGUAAUUUUGCACGCUGAUAUUGUGAACUGGAAAGAUUCCAUCCUAAAGUGCUCUUAAUUGAUCUGAACUAUUUAUGUAUAUUCUGAAGCUUUACAACCACUAGAAGUUUCCUGUCAUCUAAACUACUGCUAUCAGCUAAAUGUCACAGUCAAUAGUUAUAUGAAUAAAUUUAUAUACCAAA